AUGAAUGGAAGAGGAAGGACAUAGUUGCUUGACGCAUACUUCUGUCCACAAUCGAUAAAAGAUUGCAGAUCACACUCGUAGGAUGCAAAACCACAAAUGAGAUCAUGUCAAGACUAUCAUCCCAACAUGCACAAAAAUCCACCAACAACAAAUACCUACUCAACAAAGACUUUAAUGACUAUGAGUUCAAUCCAAACUGUGACAUCAUGACACACAUUUCAACCCUUGAAAACAUGGCUGAACAACUUGGACACGUUGGAGACCCUGUCUCUUUAACUCGGCUACUUGCUAAGAUCAUGUACACACUCCCGAAGCCGCUUCGUGGUUUCUUUUCGUCCUGGGAGCUCAUCCCUGAAGACCAAAAGACUGUUCAAACGCUCACAGCAAAGAUCUUAAACGAGCAAACAAAUCAACAGCUGAUGCCCAACAAUUCAACCGGCGGCUCUCUGGCCUAUUUUGCCCCAUCCAGUCGGGGAAAGAGCCAUCUUUCAAAUGGAAGAGGAGGUUUCAAUAGCGGAGGAGGCUCCAAUGGCAGAGGAGCUAGCAAUAGUGCUCAUGCUGAAACAAAUCCACCACCAGACAAACGUCCAAAAUUGCGCUGUGAACAUUGCUUCAUCACAACAGGUCGGGAGCUCAACCAUCCAACUGUUGAAUACAACAAAUUAAAAAGGAAGAUCUUAGAAGACGCUCAACAACAAGCCCAAAUAAUAAGCAGACGUUACGCAGGCAACGCUGCCACUGGAUACAAUAACUAAUCCUCGUGUUGACUUUGGCUACCCAGCUUUCCUUGGCAACGCCAACCGUCGUGACGCCUUCGUCUGGAUAGCUGACUGUGGCGCAACAAAACACGUAACUGAUCAAAAGUCCAUCCUCAACAACUACGUGAGC